UGCCACGCGGCCGCGGUAUAACUACACUGCCCGCGCGCGCGUUUCUCUCCUGGCGCGGACCUUGGCGCGGGUGAUGGCAGCUGUUUCCGUCGUGUCUACGUUGGCCACCCGGCUGCUCCGGCCCGCUCAGAGCUGCCGCCUCCGUCAUCGCCCCUUCCACCUCUCCGUAGUUCGAAAUGAAGCUGUUGUCAUUUCUGGAAGGAAACUGGCGCAGCAGAUCAAGCGGGAAGUGUGGCAGGAAGUGGAAGAAUGGGUGGCUUCGGGCAACAAGCGGCCGCACCUGAGUGUGGUUCUGGUGGGCGAGAAUCCUGCAAGUCAUUCCUAUGUCCUCAACAAAACCCGGGCCGCUGCAGAAGUGGGAAUCAACAGUGAGACAAUUGUGAAACCAGCUUCAAUUUCAGAGGAAGAACUGUUGAAUUUAAUCAAUAAACUAAAUGAUGAUGAUAAUGUAGAUGGCCUCCUUGUUCAGCUGCCUCUUCCAGAGCACAUCGAUGAGCGAAAGAUCUGCAACGCUGUUUCCCCAGACAAGGAUGUUGAUGGCUUUCAUGUAAUUAACGUAGGGCGAAUGUGUCUGGACCAGUACUCCAUGUUACCGGCUACCCCGUGGGGUGUCUGGGAAAUAAUUAAGCGAACUGGCAUUCCAACCCUAGGGAAGAAUGUGGUUGUGGCUGGGAGGUCAAAAAAUGUUGGAAUGCCCAUUGCCAUGCUGCUCCACACAGAUGGGGCGCACGAACGUCCUGGAGGUGAUGCCACUGUUACAAUAUCUCAUCGAUACACUCCCAAAGAACAACUGAAGAAACAUACAGUUCUUGCAGACAUUGUGGUCUCUGCUGCAGGCAUUCCAAAUCUGAUCACAGCAGAUAUGAUCAAGGAGGGAGCUGCAGUCAUCGAUGUGGGAAUAAAUAGAGUUCAAGAUCCCAUCACUGCUAAACCCAAGUUAGUUGGAGAUGUGGACUUUGAAGGAGUCAAAAAGAAAGCCGGUUACAUCACUCCAGUCCCUGGGGGUGUUGGUCCCAUGACAGUGGCAAUGCUGAUGAAGAAUACCAUUAUUGCCGCAAAAAAGGUGCUGAGGCUUGAAGAGCGGGAAGUAUUGAAGCCUAAGGAGCGUGGAGUAGCAACCAAUUAACUGUUGUGUCUUCUGUCACGAACACCACUCCAAGCCGGUCAGAGAGGCGAAACAGGCCAAUAGAAAUGCAAUAUUUUUUAUUUAUUUUACUGAAAUGGUUUAAAAUGAUGCUUUUUGUAUUUAUUGAAAGCAGAAACGAGGGGGUGUGCCUGUGCGCAUGGCUCUGCCGUACCUCAGCACGGAGCAUGCCGGCCUCCUGCUGGGUCAUGUGAGCCCGCCAAGAGAAGCCGUUCACCUGGUGAUGAACGUGGAGGACAUCGUCCCAUUAAGAGCAGGUGCUUAACUUGAUCAAGCCACUUCAGUUAAAAUUUGCCUUUUCUAGGAUUGCAUUUCCUAAGUGCUAUUUCAAUAAGAGUUGAUACUCACUUUAGGUUCCAAGCCUUUUGAGUUCAACUGGUCAAACCAAAGGAAAAAUGUUGCUAGAGAAAAUUAGGGAAAAAGUCAAAAGGAAGAAAUGAUAAUUGAGUAGAAAAAAA